GAAGAAAUGUCCAACAGCAGCUCCAUCAGCCACUUCCUCCUGCUGCCAUUGGCAGACACGCGACAGCUGCAGCUCCUGCACUUCUGCCUCUUCCUGGCCAUCUCCCUGGCUGCCCUCCUGGCCAACGGCCUCAUCAUCAGCGCCGUAGCCUGCGGCCACCUCCUGCACAGCCCCAUGUUCUUCUUCCUGCUCAACCUGGCCCUCAGCGACCUGGGCUCCAUCCUCACCACUGUCCCCAAAGCCAUGCACAAUUCCCUCUGGGAUACCAGGAACAUCUCCUACACAGGAUGUGCUGCACCGGUGUUUCUGUUUAUCUUUUUUAUUUCAGCUGGAUAUUAUCUCCUGACCAUCAUGUGCUACGACCGCUAUGUGUCCAUCUGCAAACCCCUGCACUACGGGACCCUCCUGGGCAGCAGAGCUUGUGCCCACAUGGCAGCAGCUGCCUGGGCCAGUGCCUUUCUCUAUGCUCUGCUGCACACAGCCAAUACAUUUUCCCUGCCCCUGUGCCAUGGCAAUGCCCUGGGCCAGUUCUUCUGUGAAAUCCCCCAGAUCCUCAAGCUCUCCUGCUCCAAAUCCUACUUCAGGGAACUUGGGCUCAUUGCUGUUAGUGUCUGUUUGGUAUUUGGCUGUUUUGUGUUCAUUGUUUUCUCCUAUGUUCAGAUCUUCAGGGCUGUGCUGAGGAUCCCCCCUGAGCAGGGACGGCACAAAGCCUUUUCCACCUGCCUCCCUCACCUGGCUGUGCUCUCCCUGUUUAUCAGCAUGAGCUUUAUUGCCUACCUGAAGCCCUCCUCUAUCUCCUCCCCAUCCCUGGAUCUGUCAGUGUCAGUUCUGUACUCGGUGGUGCCUCCAGUCCUGAACCCCCUCAUCUACAGCCUGAGAAACCAGGAGCUCAAGGCUGCAGUGUGGACACUGGUCACUGGACGAUUUCAGAAACAUUAAACUGCUGGUGAAUUUCUGUAAAUCACUUGUAAUAAAAAUCAUAUUUGAUACUUCUUGCUGGUUCAUUUUGCAGUUUCUUUUUCCUUGUUUCCUUUUUUAAUAUUGUGUACAAAGGAAGGUUAUAGUUUGUGCUAUUUUAUUUCUCGUCACUUUUAUUAUGGUCCUAGACUGUAUCAAUGACGAGCUCUUCUUGUGAUGGCUUUAAAAAAACUAAAGAAGACUUUUCACCAGAGGUCCCCCUUUUGUUCCCUUCUCUGCAGCCGCAUCAGCAGUGUCUGUGUGCAGAGCUGGGGCAGAUCAGUGCUGGCACAGCAGCUGUGCCCAGCAGCAGCAGCACUUGGUGUUGCCAGUGCUGCUGCCGUGGCCCUGCCCCGCUGCCCUCCUGGCCCUGCUGUUGCUGUAGGGCCUGAGUGCUCUCGGGGCCGGGCACAGGGCUGGGGGUGGCAGUGCCGGGGCUGCAGCAGGGACAGGCCAUGGGCACUGCUGGGGCAGCGCUGACGCCUCAGGCCAGGGCCUGGGGGCUGCAGGCUCCUUGCCCAGGCUCUCUCCACAACACGGCCAGGCCAAUGCUCAGCACAGAAAAGCCCCGUCAGCAGCCCCAGGCUGGCCGUGGGCAGGCUGGGGGCAAACAGCAUGGCUGGGGCUCUGCAAGGUCCCUGGGGGAGACAGGAAGGAGCAGCAGAGCAGGGCCUGAUCCAUCCCCACUGCGCUGGACACCCCAGGGCAGCGUCCCAGAGCAGCCUCAUGCACCUGCCAACAACAUCCCCCCUCUGCAGCCCUGGCCUCUCCCCAGCUCACACAGGUGCUGCAUCCUUGCAGGCACAGCCACGGCAGCACUGCCUCAGGAGCCCCUGUUUGCACUGCCCAGAGCAGGCGUGAGCACCCCCAUGGUGUUGGUGUGGGGAGAUGAACCUGAGUGAGCACAAAUGCCAUCAGCCCCUGGGGCCAGGAAGGGCUGGGGGACAGGAGGGAAACCACUCAGGUUUGUCAUGGCCUCUGUAGUCAGCCACAAAGUUUGUUUUCAUGAGCUGUGAGUUUCCUGUCCCACUGCAGACAUUGUUGCUGAGAUCCAGGGCUGCCUGGCAGCCACCCCUACACUGCCCUAAGCUUUUAUUUUGCUUAACCUUUGUUUCCUUUACUCUUCCUUAGUACAAAUUUCUUCCAAUUGCCUACCCCUGUUCCCUCCCCUGUAAACAGCCCAUCCCUGUCUGCCCUUUCCUCUCUGGCCGCACUCCCCAUUUCAGUUCCCAAGCUGGAACCCUGAGAACUUCUACUGGGGAGCAGGAUCAUCCUCCAAGUGCUUCAGGAAUUGUCUGCAGGCUCCUGCAGUGCCUCCUGCUGCUCCCUUGCCAGAGGCACCACAGGCCAGGGGGGCACAUCUGCCCUGCUGUGUCUGCCUGUGGGGCUCCCUGCUCUGGGCAAUGAGGAGGGGCUGCAGAGGCUCUGCAGGACUGACAGGAUGGGCUUUGGGGCUGUGAGGAGAAGCUGAGGGACCUGGGCUGCUGCACCUUCUCAAGAGG